UCGUAAAUAAAUCAACAAAACAUCUUAAUUAGCACGACAUUUUCGUAAAUAAAUCAACAUUUGUGGGACCCGCAUUUAAUAAAAGUUGUUGACUUAUUUGCAGAAAUGUCACUAGAUAUAUACGGUAUUUUUUUUAUUUAUUAUCUCUUUUUAGAAAAGAAGUACUUUUUUGUUUAUCAUGAAGAUAAACUUGUAUUUUCAUGGGGGAGACCCACUUUAUCACCCAUCCACUGUCAUUCAACUAUGCCUUUUAAACCAGAUUUUAAUUGUUACUUUCUCACCUAGAUACAUUCCAUGAUAGUGUGAGAAUGAAUUUGUUGUGCUUAUGUUUAAAAAGUGGCAGCGAAGAAAAAUCAUUUUAGAAAGAUGGGUGCUGCAAAGAUGCAUAUAUUGAGAUAGAUACGUGGGAACUUUUUAAGGAUAGAAUUAGGAAUGACAUAAUUCAUUAAUUUGGAGGGUAGUUGGAGUUACCGAUAUUGAGGAUAAGGAAGAAUCAGUUGUGUUGGUUUGGGCUUUUGAGGUGAUGACCAGGAGAUACACCAGUAAUUAAUGUGAAAAGUUUAGAUCACGGAGAUUUUAGAAGAAGCCAACGAAGGCCAAAGAUGACUUGGAUUGAGGGAGUUCGAGUUGAUAUAAAGAAAUAGGUUUACAUAAGUAUAUAACUACUUCAUAGAAGUAAAUGGAGGGAGAUGAUCUUUGUCAAUGGCCUGCGUAGAUAAAAGCUUCAUGUUGCUAACCACAUCCUUUUGCAUAUAUUAUGACAUUGUAUAUUUAAAAAGUAUGUCAUUUGUAUAUUUGUACAACUGUUAUUAAUAUAUCCGGAUAGAAACUAAUGUCCAAUGACGCGUUGAUUUUAUUUUUAUUUACUGUAUUUCUUUGGACGAAAUAUCAAAUGUUUACACUUUAAUGCUGUUAGAGUGUUGGGUGUGUUAACUUUUUUUUUUUUUUUUUUCUCGUGUCAAUGUUAAUAUACUGUAUAAACAGAUGCUUUGAAUUAAAUGUCAGUAAUGGGUAGGGGGGAAAUCGCAUGAAACUGCAUUAGUGCAAUCUCCACUUCCGGUGUGGAUAGACUCAAUUAGUCCAUGAUUUACAAUAUAUAAUAGAUAAGUAGCCCCACUCUAUUGUGACCUAGAUUUGAAUUAGUCUAAAGGCAUCAAAAAUCUGACUAGCCAAGAUUUGAAUUAGUCUAAAGCUAUGUACAGAUGUACUUCAACACCCUCAUUAACCUCAAAAAUUGUGUCGUGUGCUGUCUUGCCAGUGUUACGUUACUUACUUAGAUACUUUAUUUUUAACUAAAAACUUGACUUUUUUCAACGAAAUAGCUAGGUUUGACACUUGGACACCCAUAUAUGAGUAGACACUUAAUCCUUUUCCAGGUAACGUAGGUAUAAUGGACCAAGGUUUGAAUUAGUCUAUAGCAAUAAAACAUGGUGGGAAACUGGGAAUGACUAUUCCUACUCGUUUCUUUAAUUUUCAAGGGGUGUGGAAUAUUAAAUACCAACUGUAACGUCUGUAAGUAGUGACUGCUUUGAAGCUCGGACUUUGAUAUUCUUCAUCUUUAGAGUCGGGGAGGAUGAAGCAAAGUCCAAAAGUUGGUCACUUGCAUUUUUAUGUGAAAUAGCAGGAAAACUUCAUAGUUUAUGACUUUUAGGCAACCUUAUGAACAUGACUCGAAUUUGGAGACUACUAUUAUCUUUAAGCUAUUGCAUGUAAGGAUGUCAAUUGGGUGGGUUGGAGGCGGAGGAUGGUCUCUCCACACCCUUCCCCACCUAAAAAUAUCAUACCCAUCCCCGCUCCACCACUUGGAUAUUCAUAUCCACCCCAUAUCGGCUAAUUGGACAUAUAUACCAUUUCUAUUCAUACAAUAUGACCAUAAUUCCCUUAAUUCUACGAGUAAAGCUUGACUUCGACUUAUAUAACUUUUUUUUUUUUUUGGGGGGGGGGAUGGGGCAAGUCUAGUGUAAACUCCAUACCCGACCCAUCACUCGGUACAAUUUUUUAUCCCCGUCAUUCGCCAAACCUCUCUCCAUCCUUGUGGUCUUCUAUUUGAUCAACCCCACUCACAUCCCUAUGCAUCUUACUUAUCAUCAUUCAUCAUUGUGAUUAGAGUCAAUGAUUUCUCAGUAUAUAUAUUCUACGAACACAAUUAUUCUAGGGCUCAACAAGUUUCAAACCUGAAAUUCCUCUCCUUGAAAAACAUGUCAGGAUUACAUUUAAUACGAGAAAUUAAGUUUCUCUUGGUUUUUCUAGUUGGGAUUUGCUUCACAAAAACCCCUUCCUUUAGCUUUGAAAUUAACACCCAUAAGUGCAUAGAGAAGGAAGGAGAGGCCAUUCGCAGCAUUCACCCCACCUGUGCUAAACACUACAGUCAGUAUUACCAUGACUGCUGCAAUUGGCCUGGUGUCUAUUGCAGCAACCUCACUGGCCAUGUUAACCAACUUUUGUUGAGUGAGUUCUUAUCAUACUGUGAAGAUGGUCUUUUGCCUAAAAAUAUCACUGAACUUUUGCCUCUUCAAAGUCAAACUAUCCAUUUGGAUCCUUCCUUGAUUGCUCUUGAAGACUUGAUCUACCUAGAGAUCACCAACCUAGCAGGUUCUUAUGAAGUUCAUGCCAACCUAAGCUUUAUUGGCUCCUUUCCUAAAUUGAGACAUCUUAUUUUUGCAAGUUUUAAUUUAAAUAGAGGUAUAGAUAUUCCUCAUCAGGUUGGCAAUCUUACAAAGUUGCAUUAUCUGGAAAUAUCUUAUAGCAAUAUGCUUGCUAGAAGCCUUAACAUGCUGUCACAUCUUACUUCACUAAGGCACCUCAUUUUUCUGAAUGUUGAUCUCAGUGAAGCUACGGAUUGGAUUCGUGUUGUCAAUAACCUCCCUUCCUUAGAGCACUUGGAGUUGAGUGAAUGCUAUCCUCCUGAUGCUAUUCUUCACCCUCAUUCUAUUAUUAAUUCCUCCAAGUCACUUGCUUUCCUUGAUCUCUCUUAUAAUUUUCUCAAACCUUCCUCGAUAUGGACUUGGAUCUUCAACCAUAGCUCUCUAGUUAGAUUCUCCCUGUCUGAGACCCUAUCAAGUGAUAGUAAAAUUCCAAGUAGAUUUAGGGAAAUGACUUCUCUUUCACAUCUCGAUCUCUCUAAUAAUUAUCUCAAAGGUGACCUUCCUAGUUCUAUCAAGGGUCUUUGCAGGCUUCAAAAAUUGGAUCUAUCUGGAAAUAAUCUCAAGGAAGAUCUUUCGAGCAUCUUUCAAUCUUUAUCCUGUUCAAACAAGUCAUUGAUGUUCCUCUCAUUGCAGAGUAACCACCUUACUGGUUCAUUGCCAGAUUUCACGAAGUUUCAUUCCUUAACAGAGUUGAAUCUGGCCUCGAACAGACUAAAUGGUUUAUUUCCUUCUACUUUUGAAAGACGUUCAAAUCUUGUCACAUUAAAUCUUCAAGAAAAUCAACUUACAGGAUCUGUGCCUGAUCUUUCCAUAUUUAGGUCACUGAGAGUGUUGCAACUUCAAAAUAACCAAUUAAAUGGCACAAUACAUGCAGGUCUAGGACAACUUUCAAGGCUUGAGGAGCUGGAUGUUUCCUCAAACUCAUUGAAAGGUGAGAUUAGUGUGAGUCACCUCUUGAAUCUCUCUAGGUUGCAUCACUUGGAUAUGUCCUUUAACUCAUUGUCUUUUAAUGUUGGCUCUGGUUGGGUGCCUCCAUUUAGAUUGGACACUAUAGGACUUGCUUCUUGUAGGUUAGGAUCUCGCUUCCCAGAAUGGCUUCGAACUCAAACAAAUUAUGUAAGCUUGGAUAUGUCACAUGCUGGGAUAUCGGAUACCAUUCCCUUUUGGUUUUGGAAUCUUUCUUCAAGAGCUACAUUCAUCAGCCUAUCUCAUAACAGACUUCGUGGUGAGCUUAUCAAUCCAUCAACUAAAAACAGCACGGCUUCCUCGUUCUCUGCCAUUGAUUUGAGCUCUAACCUCCUUGAGGGUUCUUUAACACUGUACUUUGGAGAUUAUGAUUAUCUUAAUCUCUCUAGAAAUAGUUUCUCUGGGCCAAUAUCUUUUAUCUGCAAAAGUGCAUGGAUGUUAGGCCUUGACCUUUCACAUAACCUCUUUUCUGGUAAGUUACCUGAUUGUUGGUCUUUGUUUGGUUUUGAUCUAUCUGUCUUAGAUCUGUCAAAUAAUAACUUGUCUGGGGAGCUUCCUAGUUCAUUUGGUUCCUUAAUCAGGUUAAACAGUUUGCAUUUGAGAAAUAACAAGUUCUCUGGGAAGAUACCUUCGUUCUUUUGCAACUUUACCCGAUUAGUUUAUUUAGAUCUUGGUGACAACCUAUUUUCUGGAGAAAUACCAAAGUGGAUGGGGCAUAUGCUACCAAAUUUGACAGUUCUUAGUCUUCGGAACAAUUCCUUCUCUGGAAAAAUACCUCUAGAACUUUGCCAUUUAUCUUCUAUUCAAAUUCUUGAUCUGUCUACAAACAAUAUCUCUGGAGUGAUUCCAAAUUGUCUGUGCAGCUUUGCUGCAAUGACACAGGAACUGAGACCCCCUGUAGAUAUUCAGGACAUGAAUGGUACUUUCUUAUCCAUCGGCCCAUACAAAGACUACAUCUCCCUUGUAUUGAAAGGAUUCAUUUAUGAGUAUAAAAACCACCUGGAACUUGUAAAGAGCGUCGAUCUUUCAAGUAACAUGUUGGGAGGGAUCAUUCCUGCUGAAAUUUCUUGUCUUACAGGAUUGAUUUCCUUGAACCUUUCAGGAAACAAUCUCAUUGGACCUAUCACUGUAAAGGUUGGUCAGAUGAAGUCUCUAGAGUCCUUGGACUUGUCUAAUAACCAUCUUUCUAGCCAGAUUCCUUCAACUCUUACAAAUUUGAACUUCUUGGGAACUUUGAGCUUGGCAAAUAACAACUUGUCCGGGAGGAUUCCUACAGGAACUCAAAUUCAAACCUUUGAUGCUUCAGCGUUUGCAGGAAAUCCUAGACUUUGCGGGGACCCACUUCCGAAGAAGUGCAUUGAAGAGGGAGCCAAAGCAGAUGAGAACAAUAAUCACGAGCCCACAAACAACGAUGAAGAUAUAUUUUUGGGGUUGUAUAUCAGUAUUGCUCUUGGGUUUAUCUCUGGUUUUUGGAUGGUCUGUGGUUUCUUGAUAUUCAAGAGAUCUUGGAGAUAUGUGUAUUUUCGCUUAUGGAUUCAUUUGUAUGACAGGCUCUAUGUGAUCACUUCUCUGAAACUUGCUUCUAUUCGAAGAUGUUUCCAAGCUUGAUUUCUAUGGUUCUCCAUCUGUUCAGUCUGCUGAAUACAAAAGUAGUUUUUAAAGAAUGAACUCUUAUAAAUGUCAAGCUUGUAACAUGCUCAAAUCAGAAGACAGAUCAUAAAACUGGUGAUUUUUUGCUAACGUUUUUCUUUGAGCAAGCACUUUUAGAUAGUGUUUCUUGUAGAGUGCAUGCUCUGAUAGUCUGAUGCCUAAGUGCAACCUGUUGAUCUUAUCUUAUCCAAGUCUUAGCUGUGAAUAACUCUGUAUGCGUCGUGUGAGUAUUAGUGAACUUGCUGAUUCUUUGAAGCCUUCCUUUGUGUGAUUAGUAGUGAACUAACUGUUUCUUUGAAGUCUUCCAAUUUGUCGACGUGAUAAAGCUGUUUGAUUUCUUGAAUCUGGUGGUGUUGAAUUUUACCAGAGUUAUGAUUCGCUCGUAAAAGUGAAUGCUCCUACUCUCCUAGUAUACUAUACGGGAGUAGAAGCUUGAAUCUUCUGCUGAAAGUGGAAUUAAAUGACAGGUGCUUUUGUGUGGACGAUUCAGACUUUCCAAAGUUUGUAAUAUUGGAUUAUUGUACUACUUAAAUUUGGAUUAGAAAGCGACUGUCCUACAUUCCACCCUACCAAAGAGUCAAAUUCGACUUGCGUAAGGCGUAGCAAGCUUGCAACCAGGGUCAACACUCUGGGGUCUUUGUAGCUUCAUAUUUCUUCGCUGCACAAUACUGGACUGCUAACUAAAGUUGAUUCUUUAGGGCAUUGCCAUCGUGGAUCGUUUUUUUUUUUUCAUUGUUUGCGCAAAAAUUAUUUUAAGUUCCACUAUGUCUCGCUCUUUAAUUUAGCCCACCAAAACGUAAUAUUCCCUUCAUCUCAUUAAUAAGGGCUUGUUUUCCAUAGUUUACAAAUUUUAACAGAGUAUAAAUGAAUUAUAAAAAAACAUGCAUGCAGUCAUUGAGAAUAAUCAUAAUAAGUACUUGUAAUUAUUUAAGGGAGACAAUAAUGAAAAAAAACCCUAUUUGAACAAUGUGAAGUAUAGAUGUACCAAUUUUAAAGGGUAAUUAAGGAAGUUUAGAAUUUUUUUUUUUUUUUUUUUUUUUUUGAAAUAAGAAAGUUUAGAACUAAAAGUACUUUUUAUAAAAUACUUGUAGAAGUAUGUAGGUUUUUUUUUUGGUGUGGGAAAUGUAGGUAAUAAUGUUAAACUUGUAUUUUCUCAUUUCUAUGGAAUGAUAUUAGACUAUAAAUUUUUUCUUAAAAUAAAGAAGACUUUAUUCUGAUUUACUGAAUUGAACUGAAAUGAUUAGAUCUAAACUGAAGUGAAUAUUUUAUGAGAGAAGGAAAUCUGAAACGAUGAACAGAACUGAAAGUUCUCAAAAAAAAAAAAAAAAAAAAAAAAACAUAUAUAUAUAGGGGAAGGUUCUGGUGAGAAUUUUUCUUAUGUGAGAAUUUUUUCUUAUGUGAAAACACUAUUUAUGUUCUAAAUUUUUACUUGUAUGUUCUAAAAUUUUAAAUCUGAUGUUCUAAACUUUUACUUAGGUGUUCUAAAUUAAAUCAAUUGUUCUAAUUUAGUACUCACAUAUUCUAAACCAUAAAUUAGUUAAGUUUGAUGUCAUAAAUUUUAAAUAACUUGUUCCAAAAUUUUAAAUUUUAUGUUUUA